CGUUAGCAGCACUGCCGCGAUGAGAAUCGGCGGGAUCUUGAAUUUCGACUAUGCAGAACGGAUGCCUAUUUGUCGCGAUUUGACGUUUCUUUGAAAACAUCAGGUUGAUCGUCGUUUGGCCGCACAUGUGUUUUGUUUUUAGUGUCCACAAUGGAUCAAGCACCGGAUAUUUCCAACAUUUUGGCCAAAAUUAGCGGAGAAAGCAAAGCGGAACCACUCCUGUCGACCGAGGUUAGUGAUAAAGGCGAUGGCAAGCCGAAGAAAAGUAAAAAAGUGAAGACUGCGACUAAAAUGCAAGAGAAACCUUCCAAGCCGGAACACGACAUACCCCGGGGUCAACCGAAGUCUGGUCGGAUAUGGAAGACGCAAAAGGAGAGAUUUGCAACGGUUAAAAAAUCCGUGAAGGGAAAAGUGCCGGCCAAACAUUUCGCCUACCGAGAGGAAAUCAAGCAAAUCAAGGCUCUGUCGCGGUCGAUCAAGGAGGAACGCAAACAACAGGACGAAGAGAAGAAACAACGCCGCGAGGAGAACAAACAAAGACGGCUGGAAAACGAACGGAAGUCGGAAAUAGUUCAAAUCAUCAAAAAUCCCGCCAAACUGAAGCGAAUGCGCAAGAAGCAGCUGCGACAAAUCGAGAAACGUGAUUUGAGUAAAAUAAAGGUUGUCUAGUGGGUAAUACAUGGCAGUGAUUGAAAACCAA